AUGUUCUUCCGUCCUGCUAUUUCGGAGGUUUGCUUCUCAAGGAAUAACUUUCGAUCGGUUUACUAGGCGAUUGCGGAGUUUCUGCCUGAGUUUCAAAAGGUUCUUGGCGUUUCUGGUGUCUCCACAAAGGAGUCCAUACUGCGUCAGUUCUCUCGAGAUGAGGGCCAUUUCCAGUCGGUUCUUUUUAGUAGAGAGAGAUUCAGUUAUAAGAACCUUCAGAGUUUCUCUGCCGUCAGUUGUCUUGAGUCCUAAGUGCACCCAGCAAGUCUCAGACGUCCUGAAAGUCUGUCACGCAAAUAAUCUUCCAGUGAUUCCCUUUGGAACUGGUACAGGCUUAGAAGGCGGCUCAGUUUGUUCCCAGGUUCACUUUUUUCGUCAAUUUGUUCUAUGAUUGAUACUUCCCAGGGCGGUGUAUGCUUGAAUUUGAGAGAAUUCGUCGAAACUCCCAAGGUCUACGAAUCAGAUUUUGUGAGUUCAGUCCGGCCAGGCGUCACUCGUUUGAGUCUGAAUGAACAUCUUCGAAACACUGGGCUUUUCUUCCCUGUUGGUGAGAUCAUGACCGUGUCGACAUGGAAACACUCUGAACUCUUCCUAGAUCCCGGAGCGGACGCCUCCAUUUGUGGAAUGGUGGCCACCUCAGCCAGUGGGACCAACGCUAUACGAUAUGGUAAGCAUUUAUGUUUCAAUUAAAUGAAAAAAGUUUAACAGUUCAGUCAAGAGUUCAGUUUGGCCACAUUUUUCAAGAGAUUAAACUCUUAUGACGCGUGUUAAAGGUACAAUGAAAGAGAAUGUACUCAAUCUGGAAGUUGUUUUGGCCGACGGAAAAAUUUUGAAUACCAGAGGCAAAGACCGAUGGCCAAGGUACUUUGGAUGCUCUGAAAAAAUUAUCAAAGUUCAAAUCGCAGAAAGUCAUCGGCAGGCUACAAUUUGACAGAGCUUUUCAUUGGCUCCGAAGGCACUCUCGGAGUUAUUACUCAAGCGACGCUAAGGUGAGAAGAAAAGCUCAUAUAUGUAUGAGUACUCUGUAGGUUAUAUCCGCGACCAACCUGCUUUUCCGCCGCAGUUUGCUCUUUUCCGAACGUUUUUUCUGCUGCCACUGCCGUCGUUCAGCUGCUCCAACUCGGCGUUCCCGUUGCGCGAAUUGGUCAGAGAAAAAUCUUUCUGAAUCUUUAGUCUAAUUUCAGAACUUCUGGAUGAUGUUCAAGUUGCCGCUUGCAACGCCUACAGUAACAUCAAUCUAGAAGUUUCGCCGACGCUUUUCAUGGAGUUUCACGGCAACGAAGAGAAUGAUCUCAUCGACCAGAUGAAAGUUGUUGGUAGGAUUUCGUAUAGCCUCAUUCAGAGAUGUUUCCGGAAAAUCGUAUAUAGAUUUCAAGUUUUUGGUGAUUCCAAUCAAAAAGAUGACUACAGAGGAGCUUUGCAUUUCCAACGGCUCUCGUACUUUCAAGUCUUCGACGGAACCUCGACGGAUGAAAGACCUUUGGAAAGCCCGGCACGACGCAUUCUACGCCGCGCUGGCGCUUCGACCUGGUGGCAAAGUUUCUUUUUUAAGUUCAAUUUUGAUCUCUUUGAAGACGUUCGCUACCUGAAAAUGCGUUUUAGGGAUUCUCUACGGAUGUUUGCGUGCCAAUUUCGAGAUUAGCAGAAGUGAUAGCAGAGACGAGACUAGACUUGGAACAAAAUUCUAUCACAGGUUUUUUUUUCCUUUUUCGAGGCCUGCUAAAGCGAUAAGUAAUAUCCAGGAACAAUAGUGGGACACGUCGGCGAUGGAAACUUUCACGUCAUCAUGCCUGUUUUUGAAGAUGACCCUGAAGAAAUGAAAAAGAUCUACGAAUUCUCAGAUCGCCUUGUUGGGUAGUUCGUUCAGACAAAAGUAUUUUUUCAAAGUGAGGUUCAGACGAGCCCUGAAAGCGAAUGGGACGUGCACAGGCGAGCACGGCAUCGGUCUCGGCAAGAUGAAAUAUCUUCGAGAAGAAGUUGGUUCUAACUCCUUGCAGCUGAUGCGCACAUUGAAACUGGCCCUUGACCCCAAGAAAAUUCUCAACCCCGGAAAAGUGUUUAUAUGA